UCUUUAUUAAAGUGGGUAGCCUUAGUGCUUAGUGCUUACUUCGCUGAAAGCCUAAAACGGUUGUUUCUCCAAGUCGUCGGCAAUGGCAUGGGAGCGACGGAGCACCACGGACGCACUUUUGAUUCCUCUCUCUCUUCUCGCUCUCGGAGCCUUCAUUCUUGUAAAUGCUCGAAGGUUUGAAAUUGCUGAGGACAGGUUCUGGCGAGAUGGUGAGCCAUUUCUGAUCAUUGGUGGUGAUUUGCAUUAUUUUCGGGUUGUUCCUGAGUAUUGGGAAGAUAGGCUGUUGAGAGCAAAGGCAUUGGGCUUGAAUACUAUUCAAACUUAUGUUCCUUGGAAUCUACAUGAACCGAAACCUGGAAAGCUGGCGUUCAAUGAUAUUGCAGAUUUAGUAUUGUUUCUUAAACUCUGCCAGAAGCAUGAUUUUCUUGUUAUGCUUCGACCUGGGCCUUAUAUUUGUGCAGAGUGGGAUUUGGGAGGUUUCCCAGCUUGGUUGCUGGCCAUAAAACCAGAUAUCAAACUGAGAUCAUCAGAUCCUGCUUACCUCCAACAGGUUGACAGAUGGUGGGGAAUCCUACUUCCGAAGGUUGCUUCUCUUCUUUAUGAAAAUGGAGGGCCCAUUAUAAUGGUUCAGAUUGAAAAUGAAUUUGGUUCAUAUGGGGAUGACAAAGCUUAUCUUCAUCACCUAGUCGCAUUGGCCAGACAACAUCUUGGGCGAAAUGUUAUCUUGUAUACUACUGAUGGAGGUUCUAGGGAAAAUCUUGAGAAAGGAACAAUCCGUGGAGACGCUGUCUUCUCAGCGGUUGAUUUCACUACUGGUGAUGAUCCAUUGCCUAUAUUUAAGCUGCAAAAGGAGUUCAAUUCCCCAGGAAAAUCGCCAUCACUAUCUGCAGAGUUUUAUACAGGCUGGCUGACACACUGGGGAGAGAAGAUUGCUCAGACUGAUGCCAGUUUUACCGCGUCAGCCCUACAAAAGAUUUUGUCACAAAAUGGUUCUGCUGUGCUUUAUAUGGCACAUGGUGGAACAAACUUUGGAUUUUAUAAUGGAGCAAAUACUGGUGGGACUGAGUCUAAUUACAAGUCAGACCUUACUUCCUAUGACUACGAUGCACCAAUUAAGGAAAAUGGAGAUGUGGACAAUGCAAAAUUCAAAGCACUUCGGAGAGUCAUAGGACUAUUCAAUGCUGCAUCUCUUCCUUCAGUUCCUUCCAAUCAGGAAAAGACGGGAUAUGGACCUAUUCGACUGCAGAGGAAAAAGUUUUUGUUUGAUAUAUUAAAUUCAAUAAAUCACACUGACUUGGUUGAAUCUGAGAAGCCAAUAUCAAUGGAGUCUGUGGGACAGAUGUUUGGAUUUCUAUUAUACGUUUCUGAAUAUACUGCAAAAGGCAAAGAACAAAUUCUGUCCAUACCAAAGGUGCAUGAUAGAGCUCAAGUUUUUAUACAAUGCCCCUCUAUAGAUAAUGGUGGAAGACCAACAUAUGUUGGUACAAUUGAAAGAUGGUCAAUUCAAGAACUUGUCCUUCCAAAUGUUAAAUGUGUCUCCAACAUUAGGUUAUCUGUUUUGGUUGGAAAUAUGGGUCGUGUUAAUUACGGGCCAUACAUGUUUGACAGGAAGGGUAUUUUGUCCUAUGUUUAUCUUGAUGGGAGAAAUUUGAAUGGGUGGAAGAUGAUUUCAAUUCCUUUUCACAACCUGAAUGAAGGGCCUGAAACCAGCCCCAUACUUCAGGUUGCAGAUUUGCAAGCCAUUAAAAAAUCAAAGCACAAAAUUUUGGACAACAACCAGGAGGGUGUCUAUAGAGAACCAGCGAUCUACGUUGGACAAUUUUCUAUUGAUAAAGCAACCAAAGUAACUGAUACAUACAUAUCUUUUACUGGUUGGGGUAAAGGAGUUGCUUUUAUUAAUGACUUUAACGUUGGAAGAUAUUGGCCGUCUUUUGGGCCACAAUGCAAUCUUUAUGUUCCUGCUCCAAUCCUUCGGCAUGGAGAAAAUGAUGUGCUAAUACUUGAGUUAGAAUCACCAAACCCCAAGCUGGUGAUUAAUUCGAUUGAUCAGCCUGACUUCGAUUGCCGUUCAAGGGAAUCAAGCUUGAGUCAGCUCUAAUGCCAUGCCAUAUUGAAUGUCUUUAAUGAGCUUGGGAUGCCAGUCAGGCUUGAAGAGUCAACAAAAUGAAGCUUCACCGCUUAUUUCCAGUGAUGCAAGAUUUUUUGAAAAUUAUGUGUACGUGCCAGUCUGGUGCUGCAAUCGCGUUGGGCCGAAGAUGAAGUAAAUGGAGUUGAUAUCAAGGAGCAUCAAACUUGUAAUUGAAAUUUCAGUUGGAAAGUACAAGACUUAUUUAUUUUCCAUGGCCUUAUGGACAUAUGCUGGUCGACACAGUUGUUCUCUGUCUCGUACUUGACCAUUUUUCUGGUUCAAAUGUAUGCUUUAAUGCUUAUAUGUUGCAACAGUUCGUGCA